UGCUAACGGUUUCUCUUGUAGCCAAGGUGUUCACCGAGAAUAGCGACCUCGACGACAUCGCCAACGAAUGGUUCUCGAAGUACCAAGCAGACAGGUCCGCAGGGAUGACGGAGAUGGUUAAUUUCAUUUUCAAGUGCUGUGGAUGUGAUCUCGCAGUCGAUAGUUACGACACGGAAGACAAUGAAGCAGCUGCUGAGGCGUUGGUGCAGGUCGAGCGGGAUUUCAUCGAACUAGACAUCGCCGACUAUCCUCUCGUAUCGAAGAAGGCCCAGUUCCGCAAGUUUCGACCGCGUCUUUCCGACUUCCUCGAAUCGCUCGUUGCUGCGAUCGUGUCGGGAGACUUGCUGGUCAAGGAUCCAAUGCUGAUGGCAGCACUCCCGCAUUGUAUCGCUACUCUCUGCCACCGCCACGUACGAGCCUUCCGGAGCACUUCGACAAUCAUCGCAUUAGAAAUGAUCACCCACCUUGCCCAGCAAGCGACCGAUCUCCGCCGGACGAAUGGAACUACGAACCGGCAGCUUGAGGCCGAGCGAACGAACGAGGCGCCGAACCAAGCCCGAAUCGAUUCUCUCGCGGAACGACUGGAGAAAGGUGAGGAGAAGAGUGAAGCCGUGGAGAAGUUAUUGCUGGAUAUCUUCGAGUCCUUCUUUCCCCUGCGGUCACGCGACUGCGAUCCCAAGAUUCGCAUCGAGUGUGCGCGCGAGCUCACCAAGUGGACUGUAAUCCUUCCGGAAGUCUUCUUCGAUGGUUCAUACAUCCGGUACCUCAGCUGGACGAUGUGCGACCCGACCGCUUCCACGCGGGCCGAAAUCACGAAGGCGUUGCUCAAGAUUUUCCAGAAGAACAAUGUCAGCACCAGGUGUUUCCGCGUGUUUAUGGAUAAGCACAAGGAAAUGUUGAUCGAGAUGGCUACUCGCGAUGUGGAUACCAGUGUCCGCGCUACCUCCGUCGAGCUUCUGUGUGUCGCCCGCGAGGUCGGAUACCUCGAGCCGGAAGACAUCGCCACCGUUGGACGUUUACUGUUCGACUCGGAGCAGAAGGUGCGCAAGGCUGUUGUGCCGUUUUUCGUCGCCCACUUGAACGAGAUGUAUAACCUCAAGAUCGAAGAACUCGGUGGUCUGGAGGUUGUGCAGGAGGUGAUAGGCGGGGAGGAACACGACGAGGAACAUGACGGACCCACUCUUUCCUGGAUCAAGCUGAAGUGUUUGGCCGAAGCGCUGAUGAUGUACGACAACGACAAAACCAACGGCGGAGACGACAUACCCCGAAAUCUCAUCUCUGCGGGAAACAAGAACCUCGCCAUCAAGGUCAACGAGAUCGUCAGCCGGUUUUCCCUUGCCGGAGCAGCACUGUGGGACGCCAUCGACGAGGUCCGCGAUUGGGAGGGUCUGACGCGCUACAUUCUCUACGAUCACUCUGCCAACUCCGCUGUCAAUGGAGAUGACAGUGUUUCCGCUGCCGAUAUCGACUCGAGGAUCAAGAGGGUUGUUGCGCUGGAUACGAACGAGGAUGUGUUGAUGCUGCAGAUCCUGCAGUCCAGUGUUAUCGGUACCCUCCACAAGGGUCCGGACCAGGCGCGGAGGUCUACCAAAGUUCGCACGGCAAAGGAGAUCGAGAAAUACAACGACAGCGUCUACCGUAGCCUUAUGCAGUUCCUUCCGAUCAUGUUGAAGAAGUUCGGACCCGUGGCAGAUGCGGCGUCUACCGUCUUGCGUAUCGCCCAGCUGUUGAAGAUGGAUGUCUUCCAAGAGCUCCGUCAGGACGCCGCCUACUCGUCUCUUCUCGACGAGAUCUUCCGUCAGAUUCGCACACACGCGGACGAGACCGUUCUCAAGGAGGCCUGCUUGACCUUGAAGGUCGCCAAACAAUUCGAGGAUCUCAAGGAGGUUACCGAUGCAAAGGUCGGACAGCUGCAGGAUGACAUUGUCAGUGUUCUCGGCACUACCAUCGGUGGCAAGGAUCCGGCGACAGCGGUGUUCUCGGAGAUUGCGCUCGAGACGUUGAUUGGUACCGUGCGACGACUCGAGCACCUCCUCAGUGUCUGGAACUGCACCGAGGUCUUGGAGACACUACUCACCGCGACCUCCGCAGGUGGGAAACACACCGUUCCCGUCGACAUCCUCCUCUCGAUUCUCGCCCGGCCCUACAGCUCCGAAGAACUUGAGAUGGAGCUCACCUGUCACACUCUGGCAGCGCUUAGCUACUAUUUCAUGUGGAAGAUCACCGAAAAAGACAGAGAUGAAUCCGCCAUCGACGAACUCAUCAAGCGCGGCAAGCAGAUGAUGUCUCGCACCAAGACGCUUCUCUUUGAGCAGAAGUCCGCCGACAGCAUGAACGUCGCGUUCAUGUCUGCGAUCCUCAACCUGGCCACCUCCUUCCGCAUGUCCGAGAUCGACCGGUUAUCCUCCUGUUUCGGCCCGCUCGACGAACCCACCCAAGCCACGAUCCUCAAAGUCUUCACCGCGCUAGAAACCGAUUUCGCCAAGCGCAGCGGCCUAGAACUGGAGCCUGACGACGACGCACCGCCGGUCGACGACGACGAAAACGUCGAGAUCGCGGAGAAGAGUGUACAGCUCAUGCUCGAGCAGCGUCUGUGCGAGGCCGCGAAUAAGAUGGUCAUUUCGGCGGCGGCAAAGGUCCUGGAUGUGAGGAAGGUCAAGAUUCGGUUGACCAAGAAUAAGGCUCUGCUGGGAAUGAGCUACAAGGGCAUCAUCGACUUCCUGGAAAGCUUUUCGACCGGUGUCGCCGGCGCGCAGCGGAAACAGGCGAAGCGCCCGACGAGGAAGAGGACUGAAGAAGAGGAAGAAGAGGAAGAGCACGUUGAAGAAGAAGAGGAAGAGAAACAUGAGCCUGAAAAUAAUGAGGAUGAUGACGAGGUGAUGGAGGAUGCGGAGUAGGAUAGGAUAGGAUAGGAUCGGAUAGGUCAUUUUCGUCGAUGUCUUGAUAAGUCGUGACUGUUUUUUUUUCUUUCUGUAUGGACG